AUGUCGAGGCCAGAGCUCCAGGCGCCUCCCGAAAUCUAUUAUGGUGAUACCGAAGCCAAAAAGUACACUAAAAACACCCGAAAUCAGCAAAUCCAGGCCGAUAUGACCUAUCGGGCUUUGGAACUUUUGAAUCUACCUCCAGAUGAACCUGCCUUUCUGUUGGAUAUUGGAUGUGGGUCAGGUUUAUCCGGCGAAAUCUUAGACGAAGAGGGAUAUCUAUGGGCAGGCGUUGACAUUGCACCGAGCAUGCUAGAGGUUGCCCUGGAACGUGAGGUCGAAGGUGAUUUAUUUCUACAAGAUAUCGGUCAAGGCUUUGGUUUUAGGCCUGGAAGUUUUGACGGUGCUAUAAGUAUAUCCGUUCUGCAAUGGCUGCUUAACGCAGAAACAUCUCAUCCUACAUCUUCACCACCACAUAGGCUCAAUAGAUUCUUCACCACCCUUCAUUCUGCUCUUCGGAAUCCCUCACGAGCCGUGUUCCAAUUCUACCCCUCAUCAGACGACCAAAUACAGCUCAUCACCUCAAUAGCACAGAAAGCAGGGUUCGGAGGAGGUGUGGUUGUUGAUUACCCGAAUUCAAAUAAAGCGAGAAAAGUAUUUUUGUGUUUGUACGUUGGAGGUGGCGGAGGACAGCAACAGCAGAUACCCCAGGGAUUAGAUGGAGAUGUGGUAGAAGAUGGAAAAGUGAGAUUCGAGAAAAGAAGAGCGAGAGAUUUGCGAAAAGAUAAAAAUGGUAAACGAAAGUCGCAAAAGGUUAUUGAUAGGGAUUGGAUUUUGCGUAAAAAAGAGUUGUACCGAAAACGAGGGAAGGAGAGUGUUCCGAGGGAUUCAAAGUUCACAGGACGCAAGCGGAAGCCUGUGUUUUAA